UGGAAAUCAAAAUUUCAAAUUGAAAUAUGGAGGAGGGCUAAACCAAAAGUACAAGUCCGGCGGCGGACAAUCAACUCAGUUUCCUGGAUGUCCAAGGAAAGAAUUUUCUUUGCUUUGAAUCACAGGGCUCUUCGUUGUCAAAUCCACAGUUUGAACUUUCGUGAUUCUUUUAAACUACAAAACAGAAUACCAAAUUGAACUAAAGAUUAAAUCGGAUCACAUUGGCCGAUUCAAGCACAAAAUCCUCAUGGAUUUCGAUUUCCAGAAGAAUCGUGUUCAAAUUCUUAUCUUUAUCGUUGGAAUCGUUGCUCUCAGCAUCACUGCUGAUAAAUGUAGGCAACUGGUUGGUGAAGAUUCUUCGUCCCAGAGUGGAAAGUUCACAAUCUUUAACUGCUUUGACAUGAGCACUGGAACCCUGGCAUGCGCAGUGAAAGAAGGUGUGAAGCUGUAUUUCUACAACAUCAGGUCUUCUCACGUUGAGAAGGCAAGGACUCGUGCAAUCGAGCAUGCUUUACUUGAUGCAUUGGGACAGGGAAUGUCUGCAAAAGAUGCAGCAAAACAAGCACAGACAGAAGGGGCAAAGGCUGCAAAACUGGCAAUCCGACAAGCAAGACGCAUUAUAGGUCCCAUUGUUUCUUCUGGCUGGGAUUUCUUUGAAGCUGUGUAUUAUGGUGGCACCAUAACAGAAGGAUUCCUGAGGGGCAGUGGGACAUUGUUUGGUGCAUAUACUGGAGGGUUUCUUGGCGAGGCAAAGCUUGGACGCCCUGGCUAUCUGGUUGGAAGUCAUCUGGGCAGUUGGGUUGGAGGCAGGAUAGGACUCAUGGUAUAUGAUGUGGUUAAUGGAGUGCAUCUCUUGCUUCAAAUUUUCCAAGGAGUUGGUGAAGUUCAUGAGAAGCUUGAAAGUUUUGUUUCUGAGGAUAGUGAAGUACAUGAGAAGAUUGAAAGUUUCGUUUCUGAGGAUGGUAAAGUUCAUGAGAACCUUGAAAGUUUUGUUUCUGAGGACUCCAAUGUCUAUGAACCUCCUGCAUACACAAGCUCUGCUGUUUCUGAAGACUCCAAUUCCUAUGAAUCUCCGCCCUAUGAAAGCUCUGAAUCAUAUGAAAAUUCUGAGUUUAGAUGAAUAAAAUUUGAUUCUUCGGUGGUGUCAUCACCGCUGAUGUUCAGAUGAUAUCCAAAGUAGAUGCAGUUAAGGCCAUAGUUUUAAUUACUCAAUGGAGAAUCGUGUGCAAAUAGAUGGCAGUGUGGUUGUAAAUUAGUGAAAAUAAUGCAGUUUGUUUGAGAAGUUAUCUUGGCAAAUAUUAUCAUAUAUCGUCUAUCUUCCUGACGGGUUGGUAUUCCUCCAUCAGAUUUUAGCCAAGGAAAUUGUAUUCAAUAGCAGAAAUCGAUGAACCUGUUGUUAUCUUGUUAAU